GGGCUCGGCUCGGCUCGGUUUGCAGCUCGGGUGGGGGUGGGCAGCUAGGGUGACAGCGGCGGUAGCAGAGGCUGCGGCGCGGGGCUGAGCAAGCGGCGAGCGCGGAGCCGGUAAGAGGAGGAAGUGGAGCGGCGGCCCGGAGCUUUGGAGUCCGCUGCCGGAGCAGGUCCACCCAGAUUUGCAGAGUGAGCCGCGUCGGGACCUGGGCAGACUUCUUCGCCUUGCUCCAGCCGCUGGCGCUCCGCCUGCCCUACCCUGCCCUGCCCUGCCCUGCUGAUCCGAGUCCCGCAUUCCGCGCCUGGACUUUUCUAGCCCGGUGGUCCGGAGCUGCUGGGACGUUCGAGCCCCGGCCUUGAUACGGAGUUCCGAGACGGGACGUUCUCGGCUCCAUCAUACCGACCCAUCUCUGCUGGAGUGUCCUCCACCCCCGGGUCGGCGCAAGGUGGUCCCGGCUCUGGGACUUGAGUGUAGAGGAGCCGGGACGCCCACCGGCCUCCAGCUCCCAGAGAACGAAAUCUUCAGCUGCCUUGGACCGAACUGCUCCGGACUUUAAACUGUAUUGGCACCGCCCGAGUCCUCAGCGCACCGUGAGGGGUCCCAAGCUGGCAGAACAGUUGAACUGAACCCCUGGGCUGGUGCUGCGAGUCGAGGCUGCCACCUUUCUCUGCCCUAGGCUAAGAAUUUGGGGGUACUUGCCCCAAGGAGAGCACAGGGGCUUCUCCUGCCACAGUCUCCAGCGAGCCGAGGUUGCAGGGAGGUAACAUUACCGCACUCUUCAUCCACCGACAGGUACCACUGGAGACCGAGACCGUGGGCUGUGGAGGAAACAUACGGACCACAGCUCUUCGACUGAAGUGACAUUACCGGCUGAGGUGACAUUACCAGCUGAUGUGACAUUACCGGCUCUGUGGACAGGACCCCCCUGGAAGGCAGUCCGAAGCCACCCGGACCUUCUUCCAGACUUCCAAUCAAGGCUCUCUCUAAUCACCAGAAAGGACGUUGGACCUUUGAACAAGCACCAGCCAGGGGCCUCCAUGGGCGCUUGAGGGCCAGCCACCAGGGCCGCGGGCACGAGCAUGGUGAGACACCAGCCCCUGCAGUACUACGAGCCCCAACUGUGCCUCUCAUGCCUCACGGGCAUCUAUGGCUGCCGCUGGAAGCGCUACCAACGCUCGCACGAUGACACCACGCCGUGGGAACGCCUGUGGUUCCUGCUCCUGGUCUGCACCUUCAGCCUCACGCUCACCUGGCUCUACUUCUGGUGGGGAGUCCACAACGACUACGAUGAGUUCAACUGGUACCUCUACAACCGCAUGGGCUACUGGAGCGACUGGUCCGUGCCCAUCCUGGUGACCACAGCUGCUGCUUUCACAUACAUCGCAGGCCUCCUGGUCCUGGCACUAUGUCACAUCGCUGUGGGGCAGCAGAUGAACCUGCACUGGAUACACAAGAUGGGCCUGGUGGUCAUCCUGGCCUCCACGGUGGUGGCCAUGUCCGCAGUGGCCCAGCUAUGGGAGGAAGAGUGGGCGGUGCUGCUGAUCUCCCUGCAGGGCACAGCACCAUUCCUGCAUAUAGGGGCCCUGGUGGCCAUCACCGCACUCUCCUGGAUCGUCGCCGGACAGUUCGCCCGUGCAGAGCGGUCCUCCUCUCAGCUUACCAUUCUUUGUACCUUCUUCGCCGUGGUCUUCACCUUCUACCUGAUCCCUCUCACCAUCUCCUCCCCCUGCAUCAUGGAGAAAAAGGACCUGGGCCCCAAGCCUGCCCUCAUCGGCCACCGAGGGGCUCCCAUGCUGGCCCCAGAACACACGCUGAUGUCCUUCCGGAAGGCACUGGAGCAGAAGCUGUAUGGACUGCAAGCUGAUGUCACCAUCAGCCUAGAUGGUGUGCCCUUUCUCAUGCAUGACACCACCCUGAGGCGGACCACCAACGUGGAGCAGGUGUUCCCGGAGCUGGCCCGUAGGCCUGCUGCCAUGCUCAACUGGACUGUCCUGCAGAGGCUCAAUGCCGGCCAGUGGUUCCUCAAGACUGACCCCUUCUGGACAGCCAGCUCCCUGUCACCCUCGGACCACAGGGAGGUUCAGAACCAGUCCAUCUGCAGCCUGGCAGAGCUCCUAGAGCUAGCCAAGGGCAAUGCCACGCUGCUGCUCAACCUUCGGGACCCGCCCCGUGACCACCCAUACCGCAGCAGCUUCCUCAACAUCACCCUGGAGGCCGUGCUGCGUUCAGGCUUUCCACAGCACCAGGUCAUGUGGCUGCCUAACAGGCAGAGGCCUUUGGUACGGAAGAUGGCUCCCGGCUUCCAGCAAACAUCUGGGACUAAAGAAGCCAUUGCCAGCCUACGGAAAGGCCACAUCCAGAAGAUGAACCUCCGCUACACUCAGGUGUCCCACCAGGAGCUCAGGGACUAUGCAUCCUGGAACCUGAGUGUAAACCUCUACACUGUCAACGCGCCGUGGCUCUUCUCCCUGCUGUGGUGUGCUGGCGUCCCCUCCGUCACUUCCGACAACUCCCAUACCCUUUCUCGGGUGCCUUCUCCGCUCUGGAUCAUGCCCCCAGACGAGUACUGCCUCAUGUGGGUCACCGCCGACCUGAUCUCCUUCAGCCUCGUCAUCGGCAUCUUCGUGCUCCAGAAGUGGCGCCUGGGUGGUAUCCGGAGUUACAACCCAGAGCAGAUCAUGCUGAGUGCCGCUGUGCGCCGGACCAGCCGGGAUGUCAGCAUCAUGAAAGAGAAACUCAUCUUCUCAGAGAUCAGCGAUGGUGUGGAAGUCUCUGAUGAGCUCUCCGUAUGUUCAGACAGCAGUUACGACACCUAUGCCAACAGCACAGCCACGCCCAGGGGCCCUCGAAGUGCUGGCAGCCGUGCCAAGACCUUCACAGAGCAGGGUGGGCAUUAGCUGAAGAUCUGUCUGCCCAACUUGUACCCAAGGUAGACUCUGGAAGAGAGGAAGAACUGACGGAAGAAACUGCACCUGGAGUGCCUGGGAGCCAGCUCCUCAGCCUACCCGUGUGCUCCCAGCUCCUUUGUCUGCUCCAGCCUCUCUUGCAUGAGUCGGGGGACCAACGGGGGCCUCUCCACUGAGGCUCAGCUGGACCAGGGCUCCAGGCUCCAGGGGCCCCUGCAGGCCUGGGGCUUUUCAUCCAGGAAGUGAAGGCCUGGUCUCCCUGCCCACUCUCAGUCAUCCUUGGCCUCCCAGCCUGGAAGGUUUGGUGAGUCACUGGGCUGUACCAUGUGCCCCAGGCAAGUGGAGGCCGUGGAUGUCUCCCUGAGCCCACACCUCUCUAUUUAUCUGUCUGUGCUGGCAGAUGACUAACUGUUCUCACCCCUGCCUUGAAGACACUGGCUGGGACUCACCCCUGCCUGGGGGCUUCUACUCUCUGCACCCAUCUCAAAGCACAAGGAAGUUCAUCUCAGGAGAAACCAGUGGCUGUGGUGGAGACACGUUCCUCCCAACCAGCUGCCCUCCACCACUGGCUCUCUGUCCCUGAGAAGCAGCUAGAGAUGGCCAGAAUCACAGGCUCAGGGCUGUUCUGCCUCACACCCAACUGUCCAGCAGGCCUCUGGGGCAGAAGCCUUGAAGACCAAGUGAACCACAGACUGAUCUGACCUCAGGUUCCCACAGCAGUGGCCACAGGGCAAUGGGUCACGUGGGCAAAGCGUUCUGGGCUCAGGUCAAGCAUGGGCCUCUGGCCAGAGCUGCCUACAGUAGAAGGAAGCUAAGGGCAAAGACAAUUAAAGCUGCCGUCUUGA